AUGAGGGUCAACUCCAUCUUCCUAGGCCUCCCUGAGGAGCUGCUGGUGGAGGUUUUGGGGCGUCUGUCGGCGCGAGACCUUGCAUCGGCCCUCAGCUCCUGCCGCGGCCUGGGGGCCCUGCGGGAGCAGGCCUGGCGCGCAGCUUGCUUUGGACGGUGGCCAGAGUGGUCUGCGAUUGCCGCCGAGCCCGCAGCGCAGUGGAGGAGGCAGUAUGAGUUGCUGUCCCUGCGGGAGGCGGAGAGCGGCUGCCUGCCCACUGUGGCCACUGUGCGCAAGGUGCAACGCAACGUGACGGAGAGGCACCGCAGCAUCCUCACGGAGUGGCUGUGCGAGGUUUCCUUCGAUUGGGAGCUUGAUUCUACCAUUGUUUUCAAAGCUGUGGCGUACCUGGACCACUACUUGAGCGAGCACGCCGUGGAGCAGCUCUCCAGGUUCCAGCUGCUGGGGCUGGCCUGCCUCCGGGCAGCCAUGGGGGACGCCCGGAAGCCAACGGCGCUCGACGACCAGGACAAGAAGCUGGACCCCCAGAACUUUGCCUACAUCAGCGACGACACAUACACGGUGGAGGAGGUGGAGGCGCAGACGCAGGUGAUCGUGGGGCUGGUGCCGGAGCGCCUCAAAAAGGCGCCCAACACCAAGAUGUUCCUGCGCAGCUUUUGGUACCGUGCCACGCUCAAGGAGGUGGUGCUGGCCGAUGAAAUGCACAUCUACACGCUUGCCAGCUUCCUGCUGCAGCUGGGCCUGCUGGACCUCGACUGCUCCGGCUAUGCGCCCUCCCUGAUGGCCGCCGCCGCACUCAGCGUCAGCCUGGGCGUGUUUGGCAAGCCCGAGUGGCCGCUGUCACUGCAGCAGUUUGGCUCCUACCUGGAGACAGACCUGGUGCCCGUCAAGGCGCGCCUGACCGAGAUGCAGGCCUCGCAGGCUGCGGAGCAGCUGCGGCCCCUGUGGCGCGGCAUGCACGAGCAGCACUCCUACCCCGAGUAUGAGGCUGAGUGGAAGCACGCGGUGCUCAUCUUCUCCUGCGCCUCCCGCCUGGCCCGCAUGCCGCCGCCAGAGGCGCGCCCCGCUGCCGCCGCCGCCCCCAGCCGCGAUCCCAGCACCGGCAGCGCGUCAGUCGCCAUCGGCAGCGACUCGCCGCUGCCGCCGCAGCCGGUGGAUGCCACGGCCAUGCUCAUUGACUGA